AUGUCCGGAACAAGCGGUGUGCCGCAUCUCAGCAGGAGGAUCAGCGAGUGUUUACCAGGAAAUCAGUUCCAGAGUGACUCCAGCAGCGAGGAUGAGUACAACCGCAAGAUCGAAGUCGUCUUUGAUUCUGAUAGCGCCCGCCGCCGCAAGUCCUCCGUGGUACUUUCGGAUCAUCCUGAGAUAGAAGUACCAAUCAGACACCGGUCACAACGAACGAAAUCCCAAUGCAUGGUUCAUAAGUUGGUGGAGAAAACCACCCUCGGCCAACAGCCCCAAGUGGAAUCGAAACUGGAACAAAUAGACGAGGUUGAUACACCGCCGUCAACGGCACGAAAUGGAGACAAGUCCAGCAGGGAGGAGUUACGCGCGACAGAAUCCCGGUUGCUGACAAAGAAGCAAUUGAGCGAUAUGGCCAUGAGCGUCAGAUCUCUGGCCAAAAAGUUGUCCAACCUCAAGGUUAAACUCAAGAUCCGCUCGAUUUUUCUGCUCACAAAGGUGUACGAUAAGACUUUGAUUGUUAAGACCAGAGAAGUCGCUCGCUGGUUACUGUCUAAGGACAGGGCGGUUCCAUACAUUGUGUAUGUGGAAGAGACGAUGAAGGACAACCAGCAAUUUGAUGCCCAGGGCCUGAUCGCCGAAGAUCCUUCCUUCAAAGACCGGUUGAAGUACUGGACCGUUGACCUGGCCCGCAAGCAUCCACACACCUUCGACUUUGUCAUCACACUCGGUGGUGAUGGAACAGUGCUAUAUGCGAGUUGGUUAUUCCAGAGAGUGGUACCUCCAGUACUGGCCUUUUCCCUGGGUUCCCUAGGGUUCUUGACCAAGUUCGACUUCGGCGACUACCAGCAUACACUUUCACAAGCGCUUAAGGAUGGCGUCACUAUCAGCCUACGAUUGCGCUUUGAAGGAACUGUGAUGCGAUGUCUUAGACGAGAUGAUGACGCCGAGGUCCGAGAUAUCGUUGAAGAGUUGAUUGGAGAGGAAACAGACGACCGAAACACCCAUAGACCCGAUGGUACCUUUGAGAUUCUGAAUGAUAUCGUCGUCGACAGGGGUCCUAACCCGACCAUGUCGACUAUCGAGCUAUUUGGUGAUGAGGAACACCUGACGACCGUCCAAGCAGACGGCAUCUGUGUGGCCACACCCACCGGUUCCACCGCCUACAAUCUUGCUGCGGGCGGAUCGUUGUGUCAUCCUGAAAACCCCGUGAUACUAGUGACGGCCAUUUGCGCGCACACUCUUUCAUUCAGGCCUAUCAUUCUGCCCGAUACUAUCGUUCUUAGGCUAGGCGUGCCGUAUGACGCUAGGGCAAACUGUUGGGCGAGCUUUGAUGGGCGAGAGAGAAUUGAAUUAUUCCCGGGGGAUUAUGUGACCAUCUCAGCGUCACGUUACCCGUUUGCAAAUGUAAUGCCACCGGGUCGACGGAGUGAAGACUGGGUGAACAGUAUAUCAAGAACUCUACAGUGGAACUCUCGGCAGCGACAAAAAGCAUUCCAGGAGUGGGAUGGCGAUAUAGGGACUUCGAAAGAGAAAUCGAAGAAUAACCGGCAGCAACAGAAGGCCGAGGAUGGGCAGGAUCAUACACGCGGUGAAGAGGGCCGGUCCGGAUCGCAUAAGAUUUGA